AUGAAACCAAAACAGCUAACGACCUGUGCCGAGGUAGAGACGAAGAUCCGUCAAUGUGUCGAGCAGCGUCGACGCAUCUACAGCCAUAGGUCUGCCAUAACAAUCAGAUGGGAGAAUGACGAUACCAAUGCAAAGACAGAUGCUUUGUAUUUCAAAGAGUUUGCCAGAAUACUCGGCGUUAACGAUGUACUCGAGUGCGAGAUUUCUGGCGCAGAUACGGUCCCUAGCACGCAUGUUGAAGGGGCGAUCGCAAGCUGCAUAAAGAGUAGCUUUGCAGCCCAAAAUGAUGGAGCGCACCUUAUUAUCAUUCACUAUGCUGGCAAUGGACUCUAUGAACCAGAGCAAGGACAAUACUUCUUCCCUACUGAAGACUCUUCGCAGCGAUUCUACCUUCGAUCCCUUCUGCACCAUAUCACUAACUUUGUGGAAAUCGAUGGACCGGCCUUCAACGUUGUUUUGAUUAUUGAUUCAUACUGUUCUCCAUCCAUUACUCCCGCCGUCCAACCAAGAUCAGGCCAGACAAUUGAGCUUCUUGCGCCCCUUGGGUAUAGCAACGAUAAAUAUCCGAUGACUGUUGUCGAGCCCAGAAGAUCUGCUGAUAUCACAAACACAUUCACAUCAAGGAUAGUCCAACUUCUAACGCAGUGGAAAUUACUCGGUUUCAGAGACAUGAAUUUUGCUACCCUUCUUGGUGUCGCGCAAGAGGAUGAGGUCAUAUACAACCCAAUACACAAGUUUCUUGCUGGGUCGUUACCCAUUAAGAUCGGCAUUCCACCACACGAGAAUGAUCUACCAGUAGAUUCUCAGGAGUCCCGACUAGAGCCUGUUCCGGGGCAAAUAGAUGCCCUUAUUACUUGCAGAAUUGCUCAUGACCCAGCCUUAGGCGAUCUUGAAAGACUGACGCAAUGGAUAGAUAGUCUCGAUCAGUGUAUGAGGGUGUAUAUUCAUUAUGUGUCCGAACGCGGCAACGAUGGCACCCCUAUUUUGGCCUUGCGAGCGCCAUUUCACGUUUGCUGUGUAUUGGAGUCCUUGCCUGGAGUCAUGUUGAAGAAUCGGACAUACACUCGGUACUAG